GGCUGUCACUUUUCAAGCGAUAUCCAUAUAUCCAUUCAUUCUAUCAAAUUAUAUUUUUCGUGACUCAUUUUAUCUCAUUUCCGAGUUUUCCUUUGGUGUAGUGCUUUUUUUGAACGUCAAUCUACUUUUCUCGGACAUCAUUAUCUUUCACGGUAACGGUAAUUGUUCCCAAACAAUGACCGAUUCUUUAACGACGUGGUUCUCGAAGUGUUCCAUUUAUUGUUCGUGUGGGGAAAUACACAAGAUGGUUUCAUUCGGUAGGAACCAGUGAAAUAUGCACGUAAUUGGUUGUGAUUCGAGACUAGAGAUUCAUUUUUUCGAGAAGUAAUGUUUCCCGAUUGACAGUGGAAUUAUGGAAUCAAUAAGAAAAUGGUUUUACAGACCUAAGAAGGAUGACACGUCCCUCUUGGCCCAGUUUUUCUACGCCGACGAGGCCUUGAACAUAAUCGCCAACGAACUGGACAGCUUCGACGGUCGCAAGGACCCUGAGCGAUGCACCACGUUGGUGAACCAGCUGAGGCAGUCGCAGGACAAGGUGCUCACCAUCACCAACGCCAUUAUGGACGAACUAAUCGGUGAACAGAGGGCGGACAGGGACUUCAGGGUCAAAUUCCCGGAGGACGUCUUGCAGGAGAACCUGGCAGGGCAGCUUUGGUUCGGAGCUGAGUGCCUUGCAGCCGGCUCCUCGAUCAUGAACAGGGAGCUGGCCAGCAUCCUGAUGCGCCCGCUGGCGAAGGCCGUCACCAAGAGCCUGGAGCACGUGCGCAACCUUCUACGGCAGGCUUGCCUGCGCAACAACACUCCCAACGGCCCUUUGAGGCUGGACCAGAACGACCUCAUCACCGAGAUGCUGACCGAGAGCCUGAAGAUCUUCGACAAGUUCUUCGCCGACUUCGAGCUAGCCUACGUCAGCGCCAUGGUGCCGGUCAAGUCGACGUACGAGUACGAGCUGCAGGAGCUGAUCAGCGUGCUGUUCUCGGAGACGCUCCAGAGGGCGCUGAGGACCAAGCUGCUAUCGCAGGAUAUGGUGGAUUCUUGCGACCCGGCCCUCAUGUUCACCAUACCCAGGCUGGCCAUCGUACAGGGGUUACUGUCGCCCCACGACCAACCCCUCCACCUGGACAGGCCACCGGAGCAGAUGAGCGACAUGUUCCGGCCUUUCAGGGUCCUUCUGCGCCGCAUCAGAGAACUGAUGUGGACGCUGGACAAGAAGGAGCUGCACCUCCUCGAACGCCUGCUCUGCGACAACGAAGACCUCGAUCUGAGCGACGUCCGAUCCGUCACCGACAUGACCUUCGACGACGACCCCUGCGUCUACCUGGACCGUUCCGCCAGACUGCUCCGCGACUCCUACCUGGACCUGGGGGAGUCCGACCGGACGAUAGACAUACCCUCGACCUCCCAGACCCUCACCGACACCUCGCCCAUCCAGCACCAGUCGCCGCCCAACGAGGACUCGCUGAAGACGAUCUCCGAGGCUGCGGCAACCCUCUCGUCCAUCCUCACCAAGGAGGAGAGCGGAGGCGAGAGAGAGGACAGCGACGAGCGGGAGGUCGACUCGCCCAACGACUCGGGCAUAUCGACGGAGACGGCCAGUCUGGAGAGGUCGCCCACUCUGGAGGGCGGAGACGGGAAGAAGUGCUGCAAGUCGGCGACGACGUGCAGGUGUCGCAGAAGGUCUCAGGCUGCCGGGAGGAGGGCCAAGAGGGCGGGGCCGCUGAAGACGUCGACGGAGGUCCAGGACGUGGGGGACUCUUCGAGCGAGGAGAGUUCGGGAGGGUCCUCCAGCGGGGCGUACGGGGACACGGAAGACGUCGCCACGGCCAUUAGGGAGGCUAAGACGAGGGUCAGGGCGAAGUACAGAUCGAGCGAGGACCUGGUGCACCGCCUCUUCGUCUGCGUGGCCGGCGUCGCCGACCAGCUGCAGACCAACUUCGCCAGCGACCUCAGGAACAUCCUCAAGGCCGUAUUCCUCAUCAACACCACCUCCGACACUCAGGAUCUCCAGUCGUCGACGACGACGACCACCACCAUACCAUCGUGCCUUGAAACGUCCACCACCUCCUCGUCCAUCGAGUACCACCCUCCAGCCUCUGACGUGGUGGAGACGAACGAGUUCAGCGUCGACCCCAACAUACUCGCCCAGGAGGCUCUCUUCGACACCAACGUCUACUUCCACCUGGGGGACGCCGGUGUCGGCGCCGAAGGCAGCUUCACCAACCGUCCGAGACGCCACCAGCAGGAGGAGACCGAGGACGGCGUCGGCGUGGACGCCGACGUCUCCGCCAUAGAGGAGGGUCUGUUCAGGAUCACGUUGCGCGACGACUAUGGAGUGGACAACGAGGGCGGGGCUUCUGGUGUAGUUUUGAACCCGCCCAUCUGGGUUCCGGACGUGGAGGCGCCACGUUGCAUGAGCUGCGGGGCGAACUUCACGGUGGUGAAGAGGCGGCAUCACUGCAGGAACUGCGGGAAGGUUUUCUGCGGCAGGUGCUCGAGCAACAACGUGCCCCUGCCCAAGUACGGUCUGAACAAGCCGGUCAGGGUGUGCAACAAGUGUUUUAUCUACAAUCUGACAACGCCGGUAGGUUUGAUGCUGGACGACGCGUAGAGAUUGUUGGUAUCGGACAGAAGGAAAAACUGAUAGAUGUGGCAACGUGGUUCGUUAAUGCCCAAGUUAUACCUUCGAAACGAUCGUGGUCAUAACCUAACCUAAAAUUCGAAAUUCUAUGGUUCGAUACAAGAGCACAGACAAAGAGAAAGGACCAGAACAACCGACAGAAGUAUUUUGUAAUGUUGCGAAGGUGAGAUAGUGACCAGACUUGGAUGAACUGAAUGUUUUCGGGAGUCCAAAAUUCAUCAAUGCAGUAGUUGAAAUAACCCGAUAGUGGCUUAACUUUUACCAUCGAUAUCCGAAAGUUUUAUUAUUAAGAGAAAAGUUGCGGUAGACUAACUGCUUUUCUGUAUGAGAAGUUUACGUUUCUUAUUCGAUGGCAACUUUUACCCUCCUCCUUCUUGAGAAUUAUACGACGAUGAACAGGAUUUUUACAUUCUUAAAGGAUAGCCGGUUUCUUAGGUGUCCUAUAAAUUCUAGACGAUACCACAAAAUACUCCAAAUGUUGUAAGCUUUUCAUAUACCGAACAUAUUCGUGCUAAUCGAAUUUUUGUCUCAAAAACUAUCACGAAACGUCAUAAGUUGAAAACAGCUAACCUAAUUUAACCUCAAAUUUUCAAAUUGACAUUUUGUAUGUCAUUUGUGAAUUUGUUAUGAAAGAUCUUCAACAAAACAAGUGGAAGAAUGCCUUGCGAUUGUUAUUAAGACAAAAAAGCGAUUAGGAUGGAAAACUUGUGUCUUAUCCAUUCAGUAGACUGAAAUGCAUAAGUACACGAAAAUAUUGUUGUAAUUUUUCUGCUAAAUACGUUUUACAACAUUGAAACAGGUUGACCCUGUAUAAUAUUACCCAAUUGUGGCUUAACUUUUUAUGGAUCCACUGAAAAUUUUGUAGUUUUAUUAUUCGUCAUAUCCAGGCCAAAUCUAAAGCGGAGAUUUUUGUUUAAGACUAAAUUUUGUUAUUGAGUGGUCUGCCUUUUUUUAGCUUUGGAUGUUUUUUUUAAUGAAAAAGGUAGUUUGAGUAUAUUCGAUUGAUUUUCAAAUUUAUUUGACGAAAUAUUCUAUUUUGUAGUACUUUGGGAUGACUAUAAUAAAAUUUUACUGAUUGACUCGAAACAAAGCAAUUAAAAUCUGAUUUUAUUCAAGAAAAACAGAUAUUCAUAAUGAUUCCUCUCAAAAAAAAGAAACACUUGAUGAGUCGCAUAAAAAUAAGAAAAAACACUUGAUUCAUGUUAACAGAAAUUUGAGUUGCGUCAGAAUAUGAUCCAAAAUCUGCUCGAAAAAAGUGUUCAUUCUGAAUUUCUGUGUAGUUCAACAAAUAAAGAAAGAACAAUUCUUGAAUUUGACUCGUUUAAGAUUGAAAUACUGAACUUCAAAUUCAUUCUUUUUACACCAUUAAAGUUUUCUGUUAAGAAAUUAUAAAUCUUUUUAAUAUUGAUGCAAGACUUAUUCUCUAUCACUUUCCAGAGUUUCACACACUUUAUAGUCUAUGUAUAUUUAGCAAAUAUCUUUUCCUAUAUUCAGUCUAACCAAGACCGUUCGAUGAUUGUGUUCAGAUAUGUAAAUAACGUGUGUGAAGUGUAAAUACGUAAUCGACAUUAAAGGUUUUAUUUUUUUAAUGCCUAUUAAGAAGACAGAUGUUUAGUCUGACAAAGUGUGAUUUCGGUGUUCUCAAAAUGUUUCCAUUGACCUCCUGAUUUCUGAUCGUACGGUAACUAAUGUUGAAAAUUAUUUUUUGAAAUAUUGUACCGGAGUCUUGGAAUUUUUACAAGAGUCUGUUUAUGGACCUCGAGCUGGAUGCUGGGAGUUUCAAGGCUCCGAAAGACUAGUAUGGAUAUUUUAGCUUUGGCUGAAAAUUAUACCUAGGGUAUGGUUAUUUGUAAUAUUUUUGCAGUAAGUACAACGAGUGACUGUUUUGUCACUUUGUGUACUGAAAUACUUUGUGAUAAACUUGUACAUUUAUUUUAAUCGGUUUUGGGAUUAGCCAUAUCUCUUAUCUUGUAACUAAUAAAAUCUAUUUUCAAUUCAA